UCAUCUGAGAGCGCCGGCAGCGGGGAGGUGGGGGUGCGGUACCAUGGCGCUUUUCCUCAUCAACAGAUACCUUGGCGGUGAGGAGGAUGCUACUGAGGACCGGUCACAGGCCCUGUUAGAACGGCUGCGGGAACAGGCUAGAGCCAGGCAACUGAAAAAGCAGCAGCAGGUGCCUUUGCCUUCUGAUGAAUUAAAACAAAAGAAAACAGAAAAUGAACUCCACCAAAAGCUCAAAAACUCUGGAUUUGAUUCUGAAAAUGAAUCACAGAGAGAGGCAAAAAAGAGGAAGAGAGGACACAGUGGUGAGGGUUCCUGUGGAGAAGGGGAAAAGAAGCUGAAGAAGAACCACCAAGUGAGCAGUGAUUCUGAGAAGCCUUCAGCAGGGGCAGAUUCUGGCCUAGCUGGUGAGGCUGACAAUGGCUACAUUCCAGCUAAGAAGAAAAAGAAAGAAAAUGGGAAAAAAUCAAGUCUUCCUCAAAAGAAAAUUGAAGCAGAUCUUGAUGAAAACAAUAGACAACAGGAAAAUAAAAGUAAAUUGAAGAGACACCAAGCUGCGAGGAAGAAGGAGAGGGACAUUCCAACAGAAAUUGAGACAAAUGGAGCUGAAGUGAAAGGGAAUCAAAGCACAAAGGAGGAAGUGUCGAUACCUACUUUGAAUGAAAAAGCAACACCGCCACCCUCUAGUUUGUUGGUUCUGGGAGGGUAUGACAAAAGAGCAGUGCAGAAGGUUCAGCCCAUCCUACCACAGUGGCUUGCUCAACCCAAGCUGGUCCAUAAACACAUAAAACAGAACCUAGUCCCAAUACAGGAGGUUCCAGGAAUCCAUCCCAAACUGCUAAAGAAGCUGCAAAUGAAUGGAAUAGAGUCUUUUUUCCCAGUUCAGGGGGAGGUGAUUCCUGCCAUUUUGGAGAGUGCAUCCAGUGGCUUAUUGGUAGGGAGGGGAGGAUGCCAGCCCAGCGAUAUCUGUGUCUCGGCCCCUACAGGCAGUGGUAAAACACUGUCUUUCGUCAUCCCUGUGGUACAGCAGGCUCUGUUACAACGAGUGGUUUGCCAGGUCCGAGCUCUGGCAGUUUUGCCCACCAAAGAACUUGCACAGCAGGUGAGUAAAGUAUUCAACAUCUACGCUGAUGGGACAGGUCUGAAGGUUGUUUUGGUUACUGGGCAGAAAUCUUUCAGGAAGGAGCAGGAGACUCUUGUCCAGAGAACAGUGAUGGGUUACUGCAGUCUGGCUGAUAUCAUUGUGGCCACACCUGGACGACUUGUGGAUCAUAUUGACCAGACUCCAGGGUUCAGCCUGAGACAACUUCGCUUUCUGAUUAUAGAUGAAGCUGACCGUAUGAUAGAUGACAUGCACCAGAACUGGCUGCAUCGAGUGGUAAAAGCAGUGUUCCGAGCCGAAGAGGACUCUGGCACCAACAUGCUUUUCCAGAGGACAGAACCGGGACCUGUAACGGCAGCCAGCACCUGCUGUCCCCAGAUACCACUACAGAAGUUGCUGUUCUCAGCCACACUGACUCGGAACCCAGAGAAACUGCAGCAGCUGGGCUUGUACCAGCCUCGCCUCUUCACAUCUGUCUACUCUGAGAAACAAGCCGUCACAGCUGGGACAGAAACAGAACAGGAUGCUGAAAAGAAAUACUCUCUCCCUGAGGGACUUUCGCAAUAUUAUGUACCUUGUAACCUGAAUUCCAAACCUUUGUUCCUCUUGUAUUUCAUGCUGAGAAUGAAAUUUACCCGGGUGCUCUGUUUUACCAACUCCAAGCAGAUUUCCCACAGAUUGUUCUUACUGAUUCGAGCCUUUGGUGGAGUGAAUGUAGCUGAGUUCUCUUCCUGGUUGACUCCAAGUGAGAGACAGAGGACCCUGAAGGAAUUUGAACAGGGGAAGAUACAACUGUUAAUCAGCACAGAUGCCACUGCUCGAGGGAUUGACAUUAAAGGAGUGAAGUGUGUGAUAAACUAUGAUGCCCCUCAGUUCAUCAGGACUUAUAUUCACCGAGUUGGAAGAACAGCUCGAGCUGGAAAGGCGGGAUUAGCAUUCACCAUGCUCCUUAAAGUGCAGGAGCGGAAGUUUUUGCAGAUGCUGUGGGAUGCUGGCACCCCAGAUCUGGAGAAGCAGCUGGUGAAGAGCAAGUAUUUAAAGCCAUUGUUGCAGCAAUAUGAGGAAGCACUGUCCAAGCUCCAGAAAACUGUCAAGGAUGAACGAGCACAGAAACGAGCAUGAGAGAGCCCAGGAGAGAAGACUGAUGUAUAUUUUCCAUGACACUGAAAUCAAGCCAGGACUUAUCACGUUUUUGCUGUUAAUGGCAAGUGUCAGGGUAACAGUGCAGCUCCAGAGCCGAUGGAUUAGCUGCCCAACCUCCUAGUCAAAAGGCUAAAUUGUCACCUUGCCAACAGGCAUUGUGGACCUCACAGAGUGUGUACAGCCCCCUUCCAUUCUGAGGGAACUGGCACCAAAGCUCCGAUCUCAGUUUGAACAAAUAUUCUUUGCAGGGGAACGCUCUCUCCUGUCCUAUUGGUAUAUUGAAAACUACCAACAGUAAAUAGAACAUCCUACCUUCUUAGAGUGUGCAUCUGAUGGAGCUUCCAGUUAUCAAAUUUGAUGGGGCCAGGCCCCUCUUGGCUUUGCCUGUGGAUCAUUUCGACAAAGACAAUUGUUCCUUCUCCUUUGCUGCAGACACAUGAUCUGUAUCUGCAAAGUGCAUCAAAAGCCGUACCAUGUACGUAGCAGACUGCUGUCAAUUCAAGAACUGUUCCAGGCUGGGGGUGGAGAAAAAGGAUGUCUUAACUUUUGAAAUAAAGAGUAACUUUAAAAAUA